AAUGUCAGUGUAAAUUGAUAUAGGAUGUUCAGCUGUUUGCAUACAGGCCAGUAUCGUUUAAUUGCAAUACUGAAUAAGAUCAAGAACCCAUGCGUGGUCUGACGGCCAGCUAACAAGCUAAUUUAGCCUAGUUAGCAAUUAAGAUAACAAAUUAAUGUAAUUGUUCCGUUUAUUGUCAUGUAACACCGUAAGUUGCACACUUUGCUCGUGUGUUCAUUUUGCCGACAUUUUGUGUAAGACAAGUUGGACAGGCUAACGUUACCUAACUUGGCUACAUGGGAGGAAUCGAACGUGGAUAGCAAGCGAUACCAGCCUCGAGUUAAAAACAAUGGAGUUGAAUGUGAGGUGUGUUGUGCUGCUGGCCGUGGGCCUGUGCUCCACUCUGCUACUGACCACAGUGGCCGCCCACCAGGAGGAGGAGGAGCCUAUCAUGGAGCUGGCGGAAGACAUGGGCGUGGAGGACGAGCUGGAGGACCUGGGCCUUGGGGAGGAGCUUCUGGAUGGGGAGUUGGAGCCAGAGGAUGCAGACACACCACCGGGACCGCCUCCAGCCCCUAAAGUGACCUACAAAGCUCCCGAGCCCAUGGGGGAACACUUCUUCGCCGAGUCCUUUGACAGGGGGACCCUAGACAGCUGGGUCCUCUCAAAGGCCAAGAAGGAGGACAUUGAUGAGGAUAUCGCCAAGUAUGAUGGUAAUUGGGAGGUGGAGGACAUGAAAGACAGCAAGCUGCCUGGAGACAAAGGCCUGGUCCUCAAGUCACGUGCUAAGCACCACGCCAUCUCAGCCCAGCUCCUCAGACCUUUCAUCUUCGACACCAAACCCCUCAUCGUCCAGUAUGAGGUCAACUUCCAGCAGGGGAUCGACUGUGGCGGUGCCUACGUCAAACUGCUCUCCCAGACCCCAGACCUUAACCUGGAUGAGUUUGUUGACAAGACUCCCUACACCAUCAUGUUCGGACCAGACAAGUGUGGCGAGGACUACAAGCUGCACUUCAUCUUCCGCCACAAGAACCCCAAGACUGGCGAGUACGAGGAGAAGCACGCCAAGAAGCCUGACGCAGACCUGCGCACCUACUACACCGACAAGAAGACCCACCUUUACACACUGGUGGUGAGCCCAGACAACAGCUUUGAGGUGCUGGUAGACCAGACAGUGGUGAACCGUGGUAACCUGCUGACAGACAUGACCCCACCCAUCAAUCCUGCUGCCGAGAUCGAGGACCCCGACGACCACAAGCCAGAGGACUGGGACGAGAGGCCCAAGAUCCAGGACCCUGACGCAGUCAAACCUGAGGACUGGGAUGAGGAUGCACCAAAACAGAUCCCAGAUGAGGAUGCAGUGAAGCCAGACGGCUGGCUGGAUGAUCAGCCAGAGUACACCAGUGACCCUGAUGCAGUCAAGCCCGAGGACUGGGAUGAGGACAUGGAUGGCGAGUGGGAGGCCCCUCAGAUCCCGAACGCCCUCUGUGAGACCGCCCCCGGCUGCGGUGCAUGGCAACGGCCCAUGAUUGACAACCCCAACUACAAGGGCAAGUGGAAGGCCCCAAUGAUCGACAAUCCCAACUACCAGGGUGUGUGGAAGCCCAGGAAGAUUGCUAAUCCGGACUUCUUCGAGGACCUCCAUCCCUUCAGGAUGACCCCCUUCAACGCCGUGGGCCUGGAGCUGUGGUCCAUGUCCAGCGACAUCUUCUUCGAUAACUUCUUCAUCACCAACGAGCGGCACACGGCCGAGCGCUGGGCCAAUGACGGCUGGGGUUUGAAGAAAGCUGCUGAGGGAGCCGCUGAGCCCGGGCUGGUAAACCAAAUGAUGACUGCAGCAGACGAGCGUCCCUGGUUGUGGGUGGUCUAUGUGCUGACUGUGGCCGUGCCCCUCAUCCUCAUCAUUGUCUUCUUCUGCACCGGAAAGAAGGCGGUGGCUCCAGCUGCAGCUGACUACAAGAAGACAGACGAGCCUCAGCCAGACGUUAAGGAGGAGGAAGAAAAGGCUGAGGAGGACCAAGUCAAGGAGGAGAAGAGCCAGCCAGCAGCAGCAGGGAAGAAGAGUGAUGCAGAGGACAGCCCUGCAGAGAAGGAAGAAGAAGAGGAGGAGGAGGAGGAGGAAGAAGAGGCAGCAAUGAAUGAGGAAGAGAAGGCGGCAACUGAUCAGAAACAAGAAGAUGAUGUCCUCAGGAGGUCCCCUAGAAACACAAAAGGGAGAAAGGACUGAAGUGGCUGCCACAACCCUGGAUCUUCUGAUUUAAACCAACUGGCCUGACCCCCCCUCCCCCGGCUCCCUUUAUUGACCACCGCCUCCGGCUGUCUUCUCCACACCUCCCCCCCUCCCAGGACGAUGAAGUGAUCUCUCUCGUCAGGAUCAACAGAAAACAAUCAUGACUGCCUCCAAUAUGGAAGUGUGGAUUCCAGUAUGGUGAAGAUGAAGACUGAGUUGUUGGUGUAGAAAGGGGCUUUUUCGAACAGCGAAGAAAGAAUAAAUAGAUUUCCCAUACCAUUCUGUAACAGUGCAGCAGACACUAACCUAGGGACCCCACCUUGUCUUCUCUUCUCCUCCCACCCCCAACACCCUAUGCUUCUGCUAAUCAGCCCCCCAUCCAUCCCGCAGAUCUAGACAGUAUUUAUCAACCGGUGAAUCUGGGCAACACUACAGCUUGUAGGUUUUAGCCAUUUUCCCCCUCAAUGUCUUCUUGCUUGGUCCAGUUUAACAGUCCCAUGUGUUUUGUAUGUGUCAGAGGAGUAGAUAGACUUAACAUGAGCAUUUCUGUUGAAGGUCGACAAAAAAACAAACAUGCAAUUUGGAUGUCUUGUCUGCUUUUAACACUGCAGUUGUGGUUUUGGGAAGGUUUCAAGAGACAAACGUUCCCAUGAUAAACAGGUCUCCUCGACAUUUCAUUCCAUGUGGCUUCCACCACGUUUAAAAAAGAAGUGUGUAGUUGUAGAAUACUUCGCUCAAGUUGUUCCUAAUAGAGUGGAGCUGGGAGUAAGGGGGGGUUCAUUGUACAUGCUUAGUUCCCCGCAGAACUGUGGGGCGGGCAAAGUUUUUGAAACAGAGAGAGAGCUUAGUAAACGGGCUUCAAUAGAUUAGAUUCUGUGCUGCGUUACACAGCCCUAGAAAGGUUUGCUGAACGUUUUCUUCUGUGAAAGUACUGUGACGUUUCUUUUAAUACUUUGUACAUGUCUUUUUUCAUUUGUUUUUGAUCUAUAAUGUAGGGAUAUAGUGUAAGUGUACAUUAACAAAUAUUUUUGAGGGAGGGAGUGUGUGACGCUGGUGCUCGGAGGGGUGACUGUUGGUUGCCGGCAGGCUUCACGGAGAUGCCAAGGUUUUCAUACUGAUGUCCUUGCUCCUGCUGAAUCAUCAAGAGAAGAAAAAUCCUGGCUCAGCUCGCGCAUCCUCCUCCCUCAUUGGUGGGAUAAUUCAGUCUCCCGCCUGGCUAUUGGUAGCUGAGUAAGUAAGCACAUCCUGUGACUGCAUUUCCUAAGUCAAAAGCAACAGCAGCAGAAUAUAACACAGAUCUUUAAGAAUUUUACUCUUAUGUUUCUCAUGACAGUUUGAGUCUUACAAGAGUCAUAAAGAGUACUCAGGGUGUCAGACAAGCUUCCCCCCUCACUACUUUCUCACUGAAUGAUUCAUUGAUGUCUUUUCUUUACGUUCCUUGUUUCUUUCUCCCAUUCUUGUGAACCUGUCCAUGCUGUUUUCAGAACAUCAUAAAAAGCAUUGGAAGUCAGAAGCCAUUAGAGGUUUGUCUCAUAUACACAAACAAAAGUUGGCACUUUUCAAGGUAACUGAGGCUACCACGGAAACACAUACUAGGUCAUUUGCUGUCGCUGUCUGUCUGCAUGGAAUCCUGGUCAAGUUUUCUGGUCUCAGAUUCCUUAGUGGUGAAUGUCGGUCAGUCAUGUUUGGAAUCCUACAAUUCUUCUUCUCCGGUGUCUGAUCGAGCGAGGUGAAUGGGGAUUGGUUCCCCCGACAAAACUCUAAGCUGCAUGUGAUUGGGUGAUCAGGAUCCACAGCAGCUGUUGGUUGAUUGGGCAUUCAUCUACUACAGUACAUUUUGGAGGGCAGGGAAGAAAAGGUAGAACUUACAGUGUUACUCACAAAACAGAAAUAAACAGAUUUCAUUAAGAGAUUGGAGGUUGGCAGUGUGUUUUUCCUGUAUUGGUCUCGUGGUUUUGUGUGGUGUGGCGGGGGGUCGUCACCCCUGAAAUUUAGUUGGCAUGUACAGCUUCCGCCUUGAGGAAAUAGACCUCCAUUUCUCAUUUUUCUUUUUUCUUAUUGUGAAAUUACCUGUCAUGGGGUAUAUGCGAUGUAGUUAGUUCCCACUGCAACCUGGUUAGUAAUGUUUCUUUAUGGUACCAUUGCUACAGGGUUUGUGUGAGGUUUAGAUAAAAUAUGAGGUGGGAGACCGAGACACCUAGUUGGCGUUUUCAAGAAAAUGAAAAGGUCAGAACUACACUUUUAUGAAUAUUCCUAAAGACAUCCAGCUCUCCUUUACGCUCUUUCUGGCUACCUUUUUUCAUUUGAGUCUACAAAGUUUUAUUGUACCUUUUAUUUGGUUCUACCUAAAGCUGCCUAGAUAAGACUCCGCUAGACUGAACAGUGCACUGUAAUGUACCUUACAUAUAUCUCAGCUUUCCUGUGUGACAAUACUCUGUGAUGGGUCACCGAAAUGAAUGGGUUUAACCUAACUUAACCUUCCUGUACACUAGAGAGAUAAAAUGAACUAUAAAGAGUUACCUUUGGUUAUCACGGUUGAGAUUUAAUGGUCACAUCAUGGGUAAAGUUGAAUAAUUGUUUAGUGGUGGUUUUAAAAACUGUGAUCACAAAUAGCCAUGUGAAUAUGGGUCACAGACUGCUCCUCUGACCCAUGUCUGUUAUAAAUGCAGUCAUCUAUGAAUGGGGACGCCAUUUUCUUUUGAUGAAUAAAAAGGCCUAAUAGAAACUGA